CACUGAUUGGUAGCACUGAUAGGUGGCACUGACUGGCAUUGAUAGUUGGCACUGACUGGCACUGAUGGGUGACACUGAAAGGCAGCUCAGAUGGGCACUGAUAUGUGGCAUUGAUGUGGCACUGAUGGGCACUGAAAUGUGGCACUGAUGUGGCACUGAUGGGCACUGGCAGGUGGCAUGGAUGAGCACUGAGAGCUGGCACUGAUGGACACUGACAGGUGGCACUGCUGGGGCUACACAGAUCAUCAGGGCACACUGAUCAUCAGUGCUCUGAAGAUCUCUGUCAGCGUGACAGCUCUUGUGGGGAGAGAAAUGCCGAUAACCGGCAUUUCCCUGUUUACAUGUGAUCAGCUGUGAUUGGACACAGCUGAUCACAUGA